CUUAAAAUUUACAAGAAAUCAUGAUCCAUGUCCAUGGUCCAUACACUUCUGAUCAGUCUCACUCCAAUAUAAGCUGUUGAUAUUGACCUUAUUUCUUAUUAAUUCCAAAAUGCAAUCGACACUUAAACGAAAAUUUUGUUUUUCGCAGAAAAAAACGUUUGGGUAUACUUUAAUGCUUAUUUCCUUUCUCAUAUUUAUUUCAAUAUCGCUUCCACUUGUGUUCUAUAACUUUUACUUAAUUGGGAAUAAACUUAAUGACAGUGACGCCAAAGACUUUAUUAAAAAUAAUAAAGAUUUUCCUCUUCUAAUUGUCUCAUUUGAUGGAUUUCGUUGGAAUUAUUUAAAUCGAACAUCUACUCCACAUUUUGAUCACAUAAUAAGCAAUGGAGUUUUUGCCACCAAUGGCCUAACAAAUGAAUUUGCUACAUCAACAUUGACAAACCAUUGGUCAAUGGUAACGGGCUUACACCCUGAGGAUCACGGAAUAAUUGAAAAUGAAAUGUUUGAUCCAGUCAUCAAUAAAAGUUAUAUUCCAUUAUAUAAGGACAAAUUCGCUGUGAAUGACCCUCGCUUUUAUAAUACUGGGGUUGAACCUAUUUGGGUAACUAAUCAACUUCAAAAAAAAUAUGGAAGGAGUGGAAGUAUUAUGUGGUGGGGCGCUGAAAAUGAAAUUAAAGGAAUUCACCCCACAUACCACAUGCCAUUUAAUUUAGAGGUUGGUUCUAAGGUACGAAUUGACACAAUGAUAGGCUGGCUGUCUGGUGAAAACCCAGUCAAUUUAGGACUGUUAUAUUUUUCUGAACCUGAUCACACUGCUCAUGCUUAUGGUCCAGAUUCUGAAAAUGUAACUAAAAUGAUACAAUAUGCAGAUCACCUAACUGGCUACCUGUUGGAACAACUAGAGAAGAAAUCUGUUUUAGAUGAAAUUAACAUAAUAAUAACAAGUGAUCAUGGGUUUGCAUCUGUUUCAAAAUCAAGAUUGAUUAAUCUAGAUAAAUUUGUGGACCCAAGUUUAUAUCACAUGGUUCAUUAUACUCCAGUAGCUGCAAUCAUUCCAAAAGAAGGUAGAGUACUUGAAUAUGCAAAUUUAGCUUACUUGGUUAUUAAAUUUAAAAACUAGUUUCAUUUAGUAUAUUGAACUUAGUUAUACUUAGUUAUACAUCAGAACAGGGGUCCACAAGCUUUUUUGAGCAAGGAGCCAUUUAUAUAAAUUAUAAGAAAAAAUUUGUAGGUUGUAGGUUAGCCUACAAUUUAAUGACUUCUAAAUGUAAGAUAUAGUAAAAGAAUUAUUUCAAAAGACUUGCCAAGGCAGAACACAAGACAAAUAAUAGCUUAAACAUAAAUUGCAUGUCUUUAUUUUGAUUUUUUACAUCUCAUUCUAUUUUACCAAGUGUAGAGUCAUCUCAAUUAAAAAUCUUAAACUUGUCAAACUGUUUUAAAAGUACAUUUGGAACCUUGUUAUUAUGCAAUACUUGGAUUUCAUAAAAUUAGGGUCACGUUAAUUCUUUGUUUUCCAAUAUUUUUAUAUGAACUAACCCUGGCGCAACUAAUGUGUCUCAAUGUACUCGAUAAGCCUACUGAUGUCCAUGUACAACUCGGUUUAAAAGAAGCUUUCAUUCUCUACUAAUAGUGUUGGGUUUUUUACAGCUAUUGAAGUAUUUGAAGUGGACAUUAUAUAUUUUCAAUUGAUUGUGUUUACUAACACUGACAACCCCAGCCAUCAUGUAUGUGGCAUUUAUUUUUUGAUGUUUAUUAAUUUCAAAUUACGGGAACCAUACCACAAUCAUAUCAUAUUUAAAUUGAUACAUUAGUCCCCAGUAUGACAGUAUGAAUUUAAAAAUAUUUACAAUCGGUACUUUUUCACAUAGUUUGAAAAAACAUAACAUUUGCUGAAUAAGACACUUUGGGAGCUAUGCCAUGACCAUGUUAUAUGCUAAUUCACAUCAGGGUUUGGGAUGUUAUAGGGAGAUUCCUAUGAAUAUCAUUAGUUUGAUCACUAUUCUUAUUCCAGGUCAGGAGGAAUUUAUUUAUGAGCAACUGAAAGCCAAUUCUGAGAGAAACCACUUCCAUGUUUAUAAGAAAUCAGACAUUCCAGAGAGACUGCAUUAUAAAAAGAAUAUCAGAGUCACCCCAAUUAUUGCUGUGGCUGAUAUAUCAUAUAGUUUUAUCAGUAAUAUGUCCGAAGAAAAUUUCAAACAACGUAAGCCAAUUUAUUAUUAUUUAUUUGUACAGAAGUAAAUGGGAUAUUUUCAGCAAAUAUUAUGGAUGAUUUUUUUUUUACCUUGACUUUAUGAUUUAAUUUCUUGUUUAAAGCUAUUUAAAUACAAUUUUUUUUUAUCAAACUUUGCAAUUAAAGUUUUUAAAAAAAUUUAAUAAAUUUAAUAUGAAUAGUAUUCAGUGUAGUAAGUGUCACAAGUCCCCUGACACCAAAUCCUAACCCGGUAAAAGUUUAAAGGUAUAUCCUGCGAAACAACCGUUUAGUGUGAAAAUGUAUGUCAAUAUUAAAUUCUAUGAGUUAGUUUUGUGUUAAAAUAGUAAUUUGUUCUCUGUAAGCCUAUGAGGAUCAACCUAAAACCUGCAUACUUUUCAACAGGUGGAACACAUGGUUAUGACAACAUACAUGAAGAUAUGCGUCCAUUUUUCAUGGCUAUUGGACCAUCAUUUAAGAAAAAUUUCAAGGUGGAUACUUUCUUACUGGUUGAUAUCUACCCUUUGAUGUGUCAUUUACUGAAUUUACAGCCUGCUCCAAACAAUGGCAGUAUGAAUAUCGUUUCUCUUUUACUCCACAAUGACAACAUCAGUAUUUUUACAUAUCCUCGAUGUAAGUACUUGGCUACUGAGCUCUAUCCUAUAAAAAUAACAUGUUGAAUAGAAAUUGUUGAUUGUUAUGCUUAGUGAAUCAUGUUUUUGGUUUGUGUUUGGAGUGUUAAUGGUUUGUUUCGUGAGCAUGUUUUGGUGUCAAAUUUAAAAAAAACAACACUAUUUUGCUACGAAUAUGACAUUUUGUGUAGCGGUACUGAAUCAGAUGCAGUUUCAGUUGUUAGGCUGAAUUCUAGUAUACCGAUACCAUAAGUGUAGAAUGAAAGUAGUAUAAUUUUAUAGUGAAUAGUUGGAUUUUAUAGUAUAAACAACGUUUGAAUUCUGAGGUGUUAGUUUUUACCAUUUGGGAGACUAUUCAAUUAUUGAUUUGAGACUUUGUUUCAAGUGACAAAUCAUGCAUCCAGUGGCUGAGUGUGUGUGUCAACAAAGUGUGCGGCGACCCUGAUUCCAUUGACCAUGUAUAUACGGUGACCCUGUGAUCACUAACUGUGUUUUCAACCAUGCCCUGCAUCCAAUUGCUGUUUGUAUACUUCAAUACCAAAUUACUGUGUUGUCAACCGAACCCUGUACCCAGUGGGUGUAUGGUGACCCUAUAUUUAGCAACUGUGUUUGUGGCUACCAUGGGAAGUCCACAAAACCAAGCCUAAGUUUACUUAGUUUUUUAGUUUCAUAUUAUAGGUCAGAAAUAAUUUGUGCAGAUGUCUAUAAUUUUUAAUAUCUGCAUGAUGAGUUGUAUUUGUAGAUGUUUUUAUAUAGUAAUUGAUUAAUUAGUUUAAUGUAUAGUCUAAACUCGAAGCAAUGUUUAGAUUUUCAACAUUAUAUUUGUUGUUUCAAAUUAUAGCCCAGUUUUUAAAUUAACAUAAAUAAUAUAUAUCUGUAUCUAUUUAUCUAUCUAUCUAUAUAUAUAUAGUUGUUGUUCGUCAGUCGGGAGUCGACCAUGAGCACUUUAAUCAUCAGAUUUGUGGUAUUUCUGUCUGUGGGUGCGCAGAUGGCUAAUGAGGCAGAUUCUGGCACUAAAUUUUCUUGUGCAGUAGGUGCAGGGGAAUGAUGGGGCAUCUCCAGGAUCAUACUCAGACCGAGCCUUCCUGACAUGUCUCUUGCGCUUUAAGUUAUGGACACGUGCCAAGAAAAAGUUGUUUACAGAAAUUAUAGAAAUCUGAGAGGAUAUUGGCUUUAAGGGUGAAGCUCUAACUCAUUGAAUUGAUGGUAAAAUUAGUGAAAAAAGAGAGGUUAGAAUUUAAACAAAGUGAUAAAAAGGAAUUGUUACAGUACAGCAGGAGAAAGGAACAGGGAGGAUAGAGAACUGGUAGAAAAACUAACACAGGAAAUAGAAAAAUAUUGAUCUCAGUUAAAUAAGGGAUUUCCAUGGAUAGAAGAUAUCAAUGUGAGUCAGGGGGUAACUUCUUCUUCUUCUACAUAUUAAGGGCCCACGAUCAAAAUAUUGAUAAUUCUGGCUUCUUUAGGGCUCGAAAAAAUUAUUCCACAUAGUCUUGUCACGAAAUUACACACUACAACAAGAUUUAGUUUGUUAUGAGUGAAAAGGUUUAGCUUCUAAACAGUACAUGAAUCUUUCAGAUCCAAAAAUAUCCAACUAUCCAGGAAUAUAAUUUGAAGAAAACAUUUAAAAAAUAAGAAAAUGUAUGAGAAAUUUCAAUGCUGCCUGUUAAGCAACUCGUGAACUCUCAUCACUGUUAUAGUAUGCAAGAAGACGUUGGGUCAGCACAUUAGGUAGAGGAGCCCAGAAUCAAGUGAACUGGGUAUAAUGUCAGUAUAAGGAGCUGGUUUGCUUCAUUUUAUCAUCUUACGAAGGGAAAAAUUUGUAUCUGAAGACAUACAUUCUGAUUUUGGCAAAAGUCUUUAGUGAUUUUUACACAGAUUUUACGCUUUCUUCCAAUUAAUUUUGAAUAACUUGGAUAUCUUUCCAUUUAAUUAUCUUGUGGGGAAAUAAAUUAUGCAAUUCAUUUUCUGAGGACAUCUUGGAAGAUUAUUAGGUGAUAGUUUUACAGUGAGAAUGUGUUUGUUGGUCUGUCUAUAGACUAAACUUUGUGUUUGUAUUAAGUGUGUUUUCUUGACUGGUGAAGAAGGAAGAUCUGACAUAAGUAAGGAGGUCACAAGAAAGAGAACUUUGUUUAGUCGACUCCUAUGAUAGUAUUAUAAAAUAAUACAACUUCUGAGUUAUCCCCCCAACAUUAUUUUUGCUCAUUCUUCUUUUACAGAUAUUGCAUUCUUUUUAGUAUUGUCUGGCAUUCUAGUUACCGUUACUGGCACAGUUUGUUGCUGCAAGUACAAGUACAGUGGAAAUGCAGUCAUUAAAUCUGGUCUCAAGAAAUCAUCCCUCCAUCAAACCAGCCGUCUUUCUUCUAAUAAUGAAAGUGAUUCAUAUCUUGCACUACUUGCUGAUGAAGCUGAUGAAAGUCAUUACCAAUAAACUGAAUUUUACUUGAACAUAUGUGGUAGGAUACCCCAGAGCUCCAGAACUUUUUACUUCAUCACUCCAGAAUUACCGGUAGGCCUACAUAUAAUUUGGUCCUACCACCAUUACCACAGAUCAAAUUGUUUAUUUUGGCUUUAGUAGCACGUCAGAGUUUUAGCAACUACAAUGCUAUUGUUUUGGUUUUUUUUUAGCCACUUCUCCCUUUUGAUGGGCUAAAAAAUUAAACUUUUGAUAGUUUUUAUCAGGGGAUAAAGUAUGUACUCUAUCUUGUAAUACUCUGACAUCACACUCUCUCCCUCUGCCAGAAACCUUGGAGUCACGCUUACAGACACCCUCUCCAUGGACAAACAUGUCACGAAUAUAUGCAGAUCAGCAUCUAACGAAAUUAGAAAAAUCAGCACCAUUAAACACCUCCUCUCCUUUGAUGCCACAAAAACUCUCAUCUCUUCACUCAUUCUUUCAAAAUUUGACUACUAUAACACUCUUCUCGCAGGCAUUCCUCAACACCACAUAGACAAACUUCAGAAGGCACAGAACUCAGCAUGCAGACUCAUUUUUAAAUCAAAGAAACAUGACCACAUUCAACCACACAUGCGGCAACUCCACUGACUUCCAAUAUCCUCUCGCAUCAAAUACAAGUCUGCCAAUCUUUGCUUCAACUCGUUCACUGACCCUCACUUUCCUGUCUAUCUCUCUGAACUGUUGCUUCCUUACAUCCCCACAAGACAACUACGGUCUUCCAUUGACAGUAGAACCCUCUCAAUCCCAAGAACCAAAACUAAGACCAUCGGUGAACGCUCCUUCUGCUUCCAUGGGCCCACGUUCUGGAACCAGCUCCCCUUCCAUAUCCGUCAUUGUGAAACCUCGUCCAUUUUCAAAAAGUCCCUUAAAACUCAUCUGUUUAGGUCCGCCUAUGACCUGUGAUGCACCCUCCUUGCCCUGCCUCAUUUUCUGUUUCGGGUUGAUCCUGAAGUAUAGGUCAAAACGUGUCAAAGUGUCCUCGUUUUAUAGCCAUUUUUAUUGUUUCUAUAGUAUAGUAGUUACUAUCCUAGUGUCUCCUUUUUAUUUUACUUAGUUUACAUGUUUUUCAUAAUUGUAAAGCGCUUAGAGCUUUAUGGUAAGCGCUAUAUAAAAAUGCCUAAAUAAAUAAAUAAAUAAAAUGAAAUGAAUGUCAAAGAAAAUGCUAAGGAUCUUACUAACAUUGAUUUUGAUUCCUUCUGCUCAGUGAAAGGCUUAUACAAAUAAUUUUAUUUUCCUUUAAUUUGUGCAAGCCUAAGCACUUGACUUAAUCUAUCGUGGGAAGGGUUGGUCUUAAGGUGCCAUGAGUUUAAGGGAUGCUUGUGAAUAGUGGAUUUCACUUUCAAUUAAGGUAGUAAUAAAAAAAUGCCUAAUCUUGAGGUUUUUUUGUUUAUAUUAUUAAUAUUAUCCAAUAAAAUUGUAACAAAUGUG